AUGGCAUCACAAGACAUAUUUGCUAAGCCCGUAGAUACAAAAGCGCCGCCGUCCAGCAUAUCUGUCCGUCAUGAUCAUCCAGUGCGUCGCAAGGGAAUUCAAUCGCAGGCGCCUCUACAAACCAACAAGUUUUAUUCCAAUUUUUUCCUAGGGGACCAAAGAUGUCCGAGUUUUACAUUCCCAUAUUCUGUAGCAUGGGCCGGCGGCAAGGGUGGAAGCGCUAGUUGGGGAAUGUCUUGUUCACAUAUCGAGGAAAACCAGAGAGUAUUUGGCCAAGUGAAGUUCGAUGGGGCUUCUUCCUAUUAUCUGAACCCAGUUGGUAUUCAGUCAAUGGUUAUAUCCGCCAAGGAGCUUGGAAAUGAAACAACUCUUUCGAUGGACAGCAUCACGGCAUUUUCUGCAAGAGUCCAUCUAAGCAAGAACGAGACAGCGAAACCAGCCAUAUCUUUUCCAUUGGUCCAAGGAAUGGCAUACGUCACGGCACAGUUUGAUGGCUCUGUGCCCUUAAUCCAAUCGGGUGUGUUCUUCAAGGCUGUAAGCCGCGUAACAAUCAACCCCAAGGAACAUGUCACGAAAUACAACUUUCAUCUAGAAGAUGGAACAACGUGGAGGGUAUAUGCAUGGAGAACGAAAGGCGAGGAGCUGGAUCUAAAGGUCAUAAAUAACAGCAUGGCCGAAUCAAAAUGUCCUUUCCACGGUAUACUACAAGUCUGCAAAGAUCCCGGCAGCAAGGGCUCUGAAGAUCUGUUAGAUGAUGGAGCAGGAGUCUAUCCCGUGACAGUUGCAUUAUCAGGAUCAGUAUUUGGGCAAGAGGGCUCGUACUCUUUCAAGUUCCAGAAAAAUGGGCACCAAUUAGGCCAUCUUUAUAUGUUUGCCUUACCUCAUCAUAUUUCGUCUUUCAACGGUGAAACAAUGAAGCGGGUUCAGGAGGUACGUCUUCAAUCGACCACGAAAGGUGUUGCCACUUUGGUGAAGGGCACUGAAUGGGCAAUGGUCGAGCGUCAUAUGCCCACGGAGAUGGACUUUGCCCCCUGGCACCCAGAAAAGGGGUCCAUGAAAGAGUUGUCCAGCAAGGCCAAAGGUAUAAUUCGCGCCGCGGCCGCCAAGGAAUUGUCACAAAACAUGGCCGCACAAACCAAUUUGGACUCCAUGUACUUCAGCGGAAAGCAAGAUUUUGUAGCUGCCUGGGGGGGAAUAGUCUCGUCAGCAAGUUACGAGACGGGUGACGCCGCAGUUGACUUCGGAAAUACCUACUACAAUGACCAUCACUUCCACUAUGGUUAUCAUAUCCUUGCCGCAGCUACUAUUGGCCAUCUUGACCCAGAAUGGACCAAUGCGAACCGGGACUAUGUGAAUCUGCUGGUCCGCGACGUUGCAAACCCCAGUGAAGAUGACAAGUUCUUUCCUUUAUGGCGUACCUUUGACUGGUAUCAUGGCCACAGUUGGGCUCAUGGUCUUUAUGCCGCCAUGGAUGGCAAGGACCAGGAGUCUAGCUCUGAGGACGUAAUGUGUGCCUACGCGCUCAAAAUGUGGGGGAGAGUCAGUAAGAACUUUGAUCUCGAAAUGAGGGGAAACUUACAGCUGUCCAUUAUUGCACGGAGCCUGCAAAGCUACUACUUGUACAAGAAAGACAAUACAGUACAACCAGAGCAAUUUAUCGGCAACAAAGUGGCGGGGAUCCUUUUCGAAAACAAAAUUGAUCACACAACAUACUUUGAUCCCAAUAUUGAGGCUAUCCAAGGUAUACACAUGAUUCCAAUCUUGCCAGCAACGCCGUUCGUACGCGACCAAGGGUUCGUCAGGGAGGAAUGGGAGACAUACUUUGACAAAGGAAGAGUGGACAGCAUUCGGAACGCCUGGAAAGGAAUUAUUUACGGUAAUUAUGCCACCAUUGAACCGAGAAAGGCAUGGGAGUUUUUCACCUCGCGAGACUUUGACCCUCAAUGGCUUGACGGAGGCGCAUCCAUGACUUGGUUCAUGGCAUAUGCGGCAGGUUUGUCAUGA